CGCACGAGGACUCAUUCCGAGUGCUUAGUCAAACCUCCCUUUUCUCUCGCCUCUUUCUGAGAGACACCGGCUGUUUGAUUUUAACAAAACUGGGAGAAGGCCACGAGCCAGAAAGUUUGGACGACGUAAGGAGUGACCUUAACGACGGUUAAGGCCAGACGCUAAAGCGAUCGAGUUCGUGGCUUUAAAGUGUGUCAGUGUAACAGCUGUGUGGCGAUGGACGCGAGAGACACUGCCCCUGAUUCCUGGGAUCAGGAGGACGAUGGCGAGGCCCCGGUCGACGUGCAACUUUCCAAUGCUUUGGCUAACACCCUAAACGUGGACGCAAAGCCUUUUGUCCCCAACGUUCACGCCGCAGAAUUCGUCCCAUUGUUCCUGCAUAAAGACUCCGCGGACACGGUGGAGCCAUCAGGACCCAAUACAGAUGCCAAGGUGGAAGAACCAGAGCAAGAGGCAUCAGCUCCACCAAUGGAGAACGGUGAUGCAGAGAUGACAGCUGAUGACACGUGGGAGCAGAAAGGGAGCGAGCCUAGUGAGGCUGAAGCUGAGCCGGGGGGCAGCCCUGGGGGAGACGGGGGUCCGGCUGAAGAGGACUCGCCACAAGAGGAAGAGAUGGAGGAAGAAGUAGUGCCAACACCUAAAGUAGUCUUUACACAGCCAAAUGCCCCCAAAAAGGAGCAUGUUAAUGUGGUCUUUAUUGGCCAUGUCGAUGCUGGCAAGUCCACUAUUGGAGGACAAAUCAUGUAUUUAACAGGAAUGGUGGACAAACGAACUCUGGAGAAAUAUGAGAAAGAAGCUAAGGAGAAGAACAGGGAAACUUGGUACCUCUCCUGGGCUCUCGACACAAAUCAGGAAGAGAGAGACAAAGGAAAAACUGUGGAGGUUGGACGUGCAUACUUUGAGACCGAGAAAAAGCAUUUUACCAUUCUGGAUGCACCAGGCCACAAAAGCUUUGUCCCCAACAUGAUAGGCGGAGCUUCUCAGGCCGAUUUGGCAGUACUGGUGAUCUCUGCAAGGAAAGGAGAGUUUGAGACGGGCUUUGAGAAAGGAGGUCAGACGCGAGAGCAUGCAAUGUUGGCCAAAACUGCUGGUGUAAAGCAUUUGAUUGUACUUGUUAACAAAAUGGAUGACCCAACAGUGAACUGGAGUCUAGAGAGGUACGAAGAAUGUAAGGAGAAACUUGUUCCAUUUUUGAAGAAAGUUGGGUUCAAUCCCAGAAAAGAUAUACAUUUCAUGCCAUGUUCAGGACUCACUGGGGCCAAUCUAAAGGAGCCGGCAGAUUUAUGCCCGUGGUAUACAGGGUUACCAUUCAUUCCACAUCUGGAUAAUUUAGCGCACUUCACCAGAUCAAGUGAUGGUCCAGUCAGGUUACCCAUAGUAGACAAAUACAAGGACAUGGGUACUGUGGUCCUGGGAAAGCUGGAAUCGGGAUCAAUCAGUAAAGCUCAGCAACUUGUGAUGAUGCCCAACAGGCACACUGUUGAGUUGCUGAGUCUGCUGUCUGAUGAUGUUGAAACGGAUGACGCUGGACCUGGGGAGAACUUGAAGUUGCGGCUCAAGGGAAUUGAAGAGGAGGAGAUUCUACCAGGCUUUAUUCUCUGCAAUGCUGAGAACCUCUGCCACUCUGGGCGCACCUUUGAUGCUCAGAUAGUCAUCAUUGAACACAAGUCAAUCAUAUGCCCAGGUUACAAUGCAGUUCUUCAUAUUCACACCUGCAUCGAAGAAGUGCAAAUUACGGCCUUAAUCUGUCUGGUGGACAAGAAGACUGGGGAAAAGAGCAAAACACGACCCCGCUUCGUCAAACAGGACCAAGUGUGCAUUGCUCGUCUGAGAACAGCUGGGACCAUCUGCCUUGAGACCUUCAAAGAUUUCCCUCAGAUGGGACGUUUCACCUUACGAGAUGAGGGGAAAACCAUUGCGAUUGGGAAAGUGUUGAAACUUGUUGCUGAGAAGGACUGAAAACAGUGUAUGGUUGAUCCGAAACGACUGACAGAGGUGGAGGAAGAUGCAGCUUCGGCCGCGGCACACUUCAUAGCCUUCCUGUCCUUUCUCCCCUCUGCCUCCUAAAGACCAGCUUAAAAAAACUUCUCUUAAAAGAAAUCUGUUUUUAAGCAAAUGAAAAUGAAAUCAAGUCCACAUGUGUCAGCUUUCUCAUAUUGAGAGCUCAGCGAUGCCAUUGUUUUAGGUUCUUCCCCCAUGACUUCUUCCCCAUCAGCCUGCACAUGUUCGGUGGCAAGAGAUUUAGCUCUCUUACAACCUUUUUUAUUUUUAUAGAAUUUUCUUUUGCUUCCAUCAGAGAAAUAUAAUGGCAGCAGAUACAGAAAAACGUAUGUGGACCAAGAUUUGCUUGUUAACAUAAAAUGAUUUAUGAGCAGAAUGAAAACCAGUUGAAACCAAAAUGUCAAUAUCUUGGUUGGACAUGUCUCCCAUUGCUUAUUCCCAUUUUGGUUUCUCUCGUCACAUGACGUUCUUGCAAAGUUCACGGGCGUGUUCAUUAUUAAAUCAUCUUAUAUGACAAUAAAAUAUAAAAUUGGGGAAAAAAAUGACAAGGUUGUAUUUAUUUCUUCCCUCGGUGUUGUGCCACAAGCUUGCUGCACUUGUGCGCUGAAAGUGAAAUUUCUGGAAAUACAGGGUACAAACUAUAUAGAUUUGUUAGGUAACAUUGUUUAGCAUGUUUUUAUUAAAUCCAAUACAUUUUAACCUCUGAUCAAAUACCUGAUGAAUAUGUGUUAAACAAAGUAUUUUCGCCAUUUUUAUGCUUCAUGCAAGCACAAAGUGGAAACUUUAUAAUUAUCUCCUGUAACAACUAGCUGGUUAUGUAAUCAUUUCUUUGUCGUUCUUUCUCUGUUUGCGCUGUAAUAUAUAUAUAUAUAUAUAUAUAUAUAUAUAGGCUUUUAAUAUUACUAAGGUUACCCAUUAGUUACAGUAGGUGCAGUGUGAAUUUAGGAUUUGUGGGCUCAAUUGCUCUGAGACACAAAUAGGACAGUGUGGUCCUGCUCCAGAUGUUCAUACUAGCACACCCACAGGGAGUGGCUUACGUUCCACUGUAUUUUGUGCAUAAAUACAGUAACUGGCAGACAGACGUGGAACAGGAGCUUAGGUAACCAUUGAUGGGUUUUUGAGCUUUCUGAGUAAGUGUGCCUUUUAUUUUGAUUAACAAAAAUACAGUCUGCCUUAAAUUAUUGAAUGAAGCAAUGAUGUGAAUGCAUAUUUUAUUAAAAAAGUCUUGUAUUAA